AUGGGAGAACGGCCCUUCGACUGCUCAGAGUGUGGCAAGAACUUCAUCAGCUACAGCAAACUGGUGCAGCACAACCGCGUGCACUCCAGCGAGAGGCCCUUCACCUGCUCCGACUGCAGCAAGAGCUUCAAGUCUGCGCAUGUCCUGAAGAUGCACCAGCAGGUGCACACGAGCGAGAAGUCGUAUGUCUGCUCCACCUGUGGCAUGAGCUUUGCCUGGCUGUCGGGGUUAUUGCGGCACCAGAGGGUGCACAGUGCGACUGCGGCAAAGGCUUCAAGUCAUCCAAGGGACCUGAAGGAGCAUAGGCGCGUGCACACCGGGGAGCGGCCCUACACCUGCAACGACUGCGGGAAAGGCUUCAUCCGUUCCAGCAGCCUGCUGUGCGGCAAAGCCUUCACGCAGUCCAGCACCCUGCUCUCGCACCAACGCAUCCACACCGGCGAGCGCCCCUACACCUGCUCCAAGU